AUGCAAAGUUUUAAGAAGAAAUUUAAGGAAUGGGUUUAUUCUUUUAGUACAGAGGACCACUAUGCCGAGUAUGAUCCAAAUAAUAUUCCAAAUUUUAAUAUGGGAUUCCGUUCCAGAUCACAUCUGGGCAAAGGAAAUGGUAAUCCAUCCAGUUUGCAUUUAACAGGCGAUGAAGAAAUGAAUAUUGGUUUGGAUCCAGUAGAUACAAUCGAUUUUGAUGAUCUGGACAAUAUCAAUAACACGAAUAGCAUCAUGUCUGGUGGACAAGAAGGUGUCUCAGAGGUCCUAUUGGCAUGGAGACACAUCGAUUCCUGGACUGAGGAGCACAACCCAGAUUUAAAUGCCACCCUGGGUGAUCCCGUCACUAAUAAUGAUAUAAACCAGGCUGAAGAAGAUCUCGAAAUCUCUUUACCACCUUCUGUAAAAGUGUCCCUGCGUAUACAUGACGGUCAAGAGGAUUUAGAGUCCAUGACUGGUACCUCCGGUUUGAUAUAUGGGUUACAAUUAAUGACUCUGGAUCAAAUUGUGGCCAUGACUCAAGCCUGGAGAAAUGUUGCAUCAAAUUUGAAAAGACAUCAGAAUUAUAAUAAUAAUAACAAUAAUAAUAUUAUUAUUAAUAAUAGUCAAUCAACAUCUUUAAGGGUUUCUAUGGACAAUAGCACGGAUUCUGUAAAUAUAAACAUUGCCACUAAUAGUAGUUCGAACGAUUUUAUCUCAAAUUCAAAUUCAAUGUCUACUGAGACACAGAGAAAUCAAUUCAAAUUACCAUUUAUUCCACAACAAAAAUCCAUCCCACCAGACUCUGUUCAACCUGUAUAUGCACAUGCCCAAUGGAUCCCCAUGGUUACGGAUCAUGCAGGAAAUCAUAUUGGUGUAGAUUUGGCACCUGGUCCACAAGGUAUUUGUGGUCAAGUUAUUAUUUUCGGAAGAGACUUCGACAGUAAAUACGUCGUGGCUAAAAACUGGGGGGAAUUCCUAUUGUCCUUUGCGAAUGACUUAGAGGAAGGUAAUUGGUGGCUUGUGGAAGAGAGUGAUGAUUAUUUAGCUGGGGAUGGAGAAUUAGUCUUUAGAGAUAAACAAAAUGGUGGUCCAAUACAAGAUUACUUAGAAGUCUUAAAGAAGAGGGUCAUUUUGAAAUAUAAACAGAGUUUAACUCAUGAUCCUGCUACCACUGUCAUCAAUACUACUACUGCCAAUGCUAUGGCUGGUGCUACACCUUCUAUACAACAAAAUAACAAUCCACAGCUGUUGCAAACUGUUGCCCCUGAACCAAUUGGUAUUCAACCGACAAAAUCAUCGUUUGUUCAAAAGAAUAUUAAUACAUCAAAGGAAUCAUUAAAAGUAGACGAUGAAGGUGAUGUGGAAGCCAUAAUAACAGAGGAUGAAGAUGAAGAGCAAAACAAGACACAAGACAGUGGUAAUAUAGAUGAUGACACACUAGCGCAACCAAAAGAGGACUUUGAAGAUAACAAUGACAGAGAUAGCGAAGUAAAUAAUGAUAUUAAAGAAACCGUUAAAAUAGGGAACAAUCAAGAUGAAGCUAUUCAAGAAACAGCAAAGGAUAAUUUAAAAGAUGAAUCAAAGGAUGAGUCUAAAGAUGAGUUAAAAGAUGAAUCAAAAGAUGAACUAAAGGAUGAGCCAAAGGAUCAACCAAAAGAUGAAUUGAAGGAUGAAUCGAAGGAUGAACCAAAAGAUGCAUUAAUGGAUGAAUCUAAGGAAGAUAACUCAGUUGAAGAUGAAGGAGCCAGUAAAGAGGAAGCGGAAGAAGAAGGCCAAAAUGAUGAAAAGUUAGAUUCUAUCGAUAAGGAAAAGAAUGAAGAGGAUCAAGAUAAAAAAAUUGAAGAUGUUACAAAUGAAUUUGAGAAUGUUGCAUUGUAA